GCGGUGACCGACUCAAGCUUUUUAGGCACCAUACCAAAGUUGCGAACAGAGACUGGAAGCAGAUGAUUACAUAGUGGAUUGGGCAAUAAGAGCGUACAAGGCAGCAGCUUGUGGAUGAAGUGAAGAAGAAAAAUAUGAACCUGGACCUAGUCAACACCAAAAUGGACCUCACUUUUUCCCUGAGAAGAAAGGAGAUUGUCAUGGAUGAACCACUGGUCUCUGUAGUCCAACAGAGAUGGCCAGGCCUUUUCAUAGAGCAACAGGUAUAUGCAGAAUUUUAUCGCAUUACCCAGGUGCAAUUGAAAGAAACAUUUCUGACAUCCUUGGACAAGUAUUCGACAGCUCUGAUCAAAAUGUACAGAGCAAAUGGAGGCAAGACAGCACAUGAAUUGAAAUCACUUUUAGAAUUACUAGAUGAACAGACAAUGGAUGUUACCACACACAAGAGGGCAACGGUUCUACAAGGACUACCUCUGUACUUAAGAGAAUACAAGAAGUUAUCAACAACAUGUCAUGAUACAGACUCCCUUCAAAUAUAUACAAAUAAAAUGAAGAUAGGAAUAUUGGAGGUUGUGAGGCACCAUGAGACCCAUCCGGGAGCUGCACCAAUGAAUGUGGCUGUGGUGAUAGAAGGUCAAGUAGUAAUUGAAGAGCUUGUUGACUUCACAACUGCAUUUGUCAUACUUGUUGGUCUUCUGUAUGCUCUAAACAUUCAAUACCCAAAAGAACUGAAAUACACUUUUGAAACAGUGCAGAAGGUGUUUCUAAAUAUUGGAGACUCAUACUCACAUAGAGUUAAAAAGGAAGAGAAGCUCCAGCUAGACAGAGAUAUUCAGUGGAUUUAA